UCAAAGACGUCGUUCGACGUGGCACAUGUGACGGUGGAGUUUCUGUCGUAGGCAAUUCGACGUUCGUUUCUUUGUAUCCGACUCCCUAGCAACUUCAGACGACUCGCUGUCGUGUAUCUAAAAUGGGUGGAGUGUUCGCCAAGUUGUUCUCUGGCCUGUUCGGCAAGAAAGAGAUGCGCAUUCUCAUGGUUGGGCUAGACGCCGCCGGAAAGACGACUAUUCUGUAUAAAUUGAAGCUAGGCGAGAUUGUAACGACAAUCCCCACCAUAGGAUUCAACGUGGAAACAGUGGAAUAUAAAAACAUUAGCUUUACUGUGUGGGAUGUGGGUGGUCAAGACAAAAUCCGGCCGUUGUGGAGGCAUUAUUUCCAGAAUACUCAAGGCUUGAUUUUUGUGGUCGACAGCAAUGACAGAGAGCGACUGGGUGAAGCGAGAGAAGAACUAAACAGGAUGCUGGGAGAAGAUGAACUUAGAGGUGCAGCUCUUCUCGUGUUUGCAAACAAACAGGAUCUACCCAAUGCAAUGAAUGCGGCCGAAGUGACUGACAAAUUGGGUCUACAGGCGUUGCGAGCUCGAACAUGGUAUGUGCAAGCAACAUGUGCAACAAGCGGUGAUGGCUUGUAUGAAGGACUGGAUUGGCUCUCAAAUCAAUUGAAGAAUCAGAAGUAGUCGAUUGCACUGACACAUAUCUUAUGUUCAUCCUUCGCGUUUUUUUAUGUUAUCGCUGUUGUGUAUGUGUGAUGAUAUUAAUGUUCUCAUAGCAGUAUGGCGUGCACCUUCUGGGCUGCAGACUAUCUCGUAGACAAAAAUGUUUUGAACAUUUGUGGUGUUACAUUACAAGUGUGUAUUGAAAA